CAAAAAGAAAGAAAAAACCGAAAAUGGCCGGCCCGCGGCUCGGGACUUCCGGCCUGCUAAUGGUUCUCUUCUACAUGGCUUCGACUACAGCGUUAGUUCAAUCACCGCCGCAAGUUGUCAAACAACCGCCGUCGGACGAGCUGCUCUUCCAGGUGGCGCAGAGGAUCGACGAGAACGACAAGCCUUUCAUCAUCGAAUGCGAGGCGGAAGGCGAACCCGCCCCAAAGUACCGAUGGGUCAAAAACGGUUACGAUUUCCUUUGGCAAAGCUACGACGAUCGAAUCUCUCAACAGCCCGGCAGAGGAACGCUGGUCAUCACCACGCCCCGAGAUGAAGAUAUCGGGCAGUAUCAAUGUUUCGCGUCCAACGAGUGGGGAACGGCCACAUCGAAUUCGGUCUUUGUCCGAAAAUCGGAUCUCAAUUCCUUUAAAGAUGAGCCUCCGAUGACCGUCUCGGCUCAGGAGGGAUCGCCGUUCAGUUUGCGUUGUCAGCCGCCCGACGGCUGGCCCAAACCGUCCGUCUACUGGAUGAUGCAGAACUCGAACGGAGCCUUGCGCAGCAUCAACUCGUCGAGGAUGACGGUCGAUCCCGAAGGCACGCUCUGGUUCUCCAACGUCACACGUGAAGACACCAGUGAUGACUUUGUCUACGCUUGUUCGGCUACCUCACUCUUCCGAAACGAAUACAAGCUGGGCAACAAAGUGUACCUGGAUGUGAUUGCAACUGGCAGCGCUGCAGCCCAAAAUCGUCAUGAACCCGUCCAGCAGUACGUCUCUCGCAAAAACGCGGUUGCCCAUCGAGGCAAGAGCAUUGAACUGUGGUGCGUCUUUGGCGGUACCCCACUACCUCAGAUCCGCUGGACGAAAGAAGGUGCCGCGCUGCCAGCUGGCCGUACCACCUACUCUUCAUACGGCAAGACGCUGAUCAUCAAGAGCGUCGAUUCGGAAGACGCCGGCAACUACGAAUGCGAAGCUAGUAACGGUGUCGGAUUGGCCAAGUCUUAUUCCAUCAGCCUUCAGGUGUUGGCCGCUCCCUACUUUACCGUCGAACCGGAUGUGUACGUCGGAGCCGAAGACGAGACGGCCGAGUUCCGGUGUGAAGCCAACGGCUCGCCUUCUCCGGAGAUCAAAUGGAUUCACAACGGAAAACCAAUUGAAGAGGCGGCCGUCAACCCUCGCCGGAAGGUGUUCCCUAAUCGCAUCGUCAUCGAGCGUCUACAAAAGAGCGACACGGGCAACUACGGCUGCAACGCCACCAACAGUAUCGGCUACGUCUACAAGGAUGUCUACCUCAACGUUUUGGCUUUGGCGCCCGAUAUCGAAGACGCUCCCGACGAUGUGGCCACCGUUGACGGAUCGGCCGUCAAUUUGACUUGCAAAGUUUUUGGCUCGCCUAAACCUCUUGUCAAAUGGAUCCGCGACGGGUUGGAAUUGACUGGCGGCCGCUAUCGCGUUAUGGACAGCGGUGAUCUGGAAAUUAGGGAGGUGACCUUCACCGAUGCCGGCGUCUAUUCGUGUCACGCAACCAAUAAGUUCGGCUCGGCCAAUGCCAAUGGAACUCUUAUCGUCAAAGAGCGCACCAUCAUCAAGGACGGGCCAGAAGACUAUGAAGUCGCUGCCGGACAGACGGCCACUUUCCGCUGUAAUGCCGUGGCUGAUUCGUCACUCAACUUGACGAUCGACUGGCUGCAUGCAGACCAGCUGAUCGAUUUCGAGCAAGAACCGCGUUUUGUCCAGUCGCAGGAUUCGUCGUUGACUAUCACGAAGACGACGGAAUUGGACACUGGCGACUACACGUGCCGUGCCAAAACAAUCCUGGACAGCGCCGAGGACAAGGCUACGCUCAUUGUUCAAGACGUUCCCAAUCGGCCGCGAAUGGUGGGCAUCCAGUGCAACAACCGCGACGCGGCCAUCGAAUGGACACCUUCGGGCGAUAAUCGAGCGCCCAUCUUAACGUACACGAUCCAGUUCAAUACGAGUUUCACGCCCGACAGCUGGGAAGUGUCGUUUGAAAACGUGCCAGCCACCGAGACGCGCUUCAAAGUGGAGAUGAGCCCUUGGUCCAAUUACACGUUCCGUGUCAUUGCUCGUAAUAAGAUUGGCCCGUCGCUUCCAUCGGACCACUCGUCCAUGUGCACGACGCCUCCCGACGUGCCGAAUAAGAAUCCCGAUAAUGUAGAGGGACGUGGCACUUCGCCCACUAAUUUGGUUGUCACGUGGAACCCAAUGCCCGAGAUCGAACACAACGGACGCAACUUUCACUAUCGCGUCUACUGGCGUCGAGACAUACCUGGAGAAGAUUGGAACAUCGAAAUGAUUUCCGACUGGAGACAGUCGUCCAUCCUCAUACCCAAUCAACCCACGUUCAAACGCUAUCGCAUCAAAGUGGUGGCUUUCAAUCAGAUCGGUGAAGCCAAUGUUGCAGCACAAGAAGUUACUGGUUACUCUGGAGAAGACGUGCCGGUUGAAGCACCAACCAACUUCACUUUGAAUCAAAUCAUUGACGAACGAAGCGCCAUCCUUUCUUGGAACCCAGUCAAUCCGGAUUCUGUUCAGGGACACUUCAAAGGCUACAAGAUUGAGACAUGGACCGAGAAGGAAGGAGAGCUGCGAGCCCGUGAAAUGAUCAGCAACGCUUCAAAGGCGUUCGUUAACAAGUUUGUCCCGCACACAGUUAAUCUCGUCCGUGUUCGCGUUAUUAAUUCGGCGUACCGUGGACCGGCAAGCGAUAUCCUUUCCUUCAAGACACCGGAAGGAAGGCCCGGACCAGUGGAUUACUUUGAGGCGGCUCCUCUUGGUUCUUCGGCUUUCUAUUUGAUUUGGAAGCAACCGGAAGAGCCCAACGGCAAUCUGCGUGGCUACAAAAUCUUCUACGAAAAGGUAGAAGGUACGAAAAUUGGCCCGCAAAUCGAAAGAGAACCACCAAUUCGUGACCCGUUACAAACUCGAGCCAAAUUGGCCGGUCUCGAACCCAACACGAAAUACCGCCUUCACAUUAAAGCUAUGACCAUUGCCGGAGAAGGAGACGAUUAUUACAUUGAACGAAACACUCGCAACGGCAACGCAUACCCACCCGACAAGCCCCAGUUUACGUGGAAUCAGAUCACUUUAGACAAUGGAAUGCCGGCCAUCAAAGUUGUUUGGCAUCCGAACGUCGAUGGCCAACCUGGUUCCCACUUUUUCGUUCAAUACCGGCGAAAGGGCGAGACCAUCUAUAUCAAGAGCGAAGAUGAGUUCGAUGAGAACUUUAUCAUCUUGCGCGGCUUGGAGCCUAACCAACUGUACGAGAUCCGCGCCGUUGUCGUCGACGGUGAUUACUUUACCGAAAGUGACCCCGAAGAGGUGGAGAUGUACGCCGAUGGACCUUACAUCCAAGGAUCAUCCGCCGUAGCUUCGACCGGAUGGUUUAUCGGCAUGAUGCUGGCCCUUGCAUUAUUGCUCUUGGUCCUGGUUCUUGUCUGCAUCAUUAAACGGAACCGGGGUGGAAAGUAUGCCGUCCACGAAAGAGAGGCCACUCACGGUCGUAAAGAUUUCAACGAGGACGCCGGAUUCCACGAAUACUCGCAACCAGUUGGCAGCAGUCGCGCGCCGAGCAAAGCAUCUUUGAGUAGCGGAGCCAAAAUGCCACCCGAGAGCGAAGACAAUGAUUCGAUGGCUGAAUACGGUGAAGGAGAAGCAGGUGAAUUUGCUGAAAGUGGUUCGUUUAUUGGACAGUAUGGUCAAAGCAAAUUGCCAACUCCCUUUACGACAGCUAGUGUGGCAACUAUUGUUUAGAAACUCAACAUUUUUCUCUUCACACUACAACAACAAACAACAAAAGAUUCACACCGUUCCCUCCACUUCCUUUAUUUUUAUUUUAGUUUACUUUUUUUUUUUCCUUUUUUAAAUUAUUCUUCUGUCAGCCUGCCAAAAAAAAACAGAUAAAGGCUAACAUAAUUAUUUUUGUGGACUGCAAAAGCGUAAACAUUUUUUUCUUUCUUGUGUACAUUGUGCAAUGCUUUGUUAUGAGCUUUCUGCUGACUUCUUCGACAAGUUUUCUGCUCCUUCUUUCUUUGGUUUGUUUUUUGAAUCUCUCUUCUUUAUUCCGUUAUAUUGACUGCUUACUGGUUGUCAUAUCAAAUGUGUGUACGCGUGCAAGCGAAAGCCAAACGCAGGAGAGUUUAAUGCUGUCGUAGAAUUUCUAGUGUGUCGGAAGGGGGAGUGAGUUGUUGACAGGUGCCUACAUGAGUUUUUACAUGUGUCUAGUGCCGAUAUAUGCUCCUCUCCUACUUCUUGGACGAUACAACCCCUCCCAAAUAUUAUAUUCCUCUCCCUUCGAAAAUAAGCAGCUCCUUUCCACUCUACAUCCUUCUCAAACAACAUAAAUGCACAAAAGAGCCAAAAAAAGAAAACUUUUUUUGGACUAUUGCGAUCUUGAAAAAAAAAAACAAGGUUGAUCCAUCGAUCUGAGUUUCUUUACCACAUAGAUCUGGCUUUACUUGAAAGCCAACAUUUUGUUUGUUUUUUAGUGUUUUGUUUUGUAGUUUCAGUUCUGCAGCUUUUGCAGCUUUUUUUUGGCCAAAUAGCCAAAUCACAACCGUCCUGUUCAUUUUUUUUUUUUUUUUGGUUUUUCCCUACUUCUUUUCGUCGUCGUCCGCUGAUUUUUAUCUCUUCAAUCGCCUGCUUCUGUCCUUCCACACUUCGUGUAUUUGAUCUUUAUAUACAUUCCCCGCGAAAAAAAAAAUUGUUUGUGAAAGAAAAGCAGGUCAAUUAAUGGUCACUAAAAUUACAGUUUAACUUCAACAUUAAUAGUGCACUAUUGAUCUGUGUUUAAAAACGAGCAUGAGGAAACAACAUUAUGUUAUGUAAGAGAGCGCCUUGGUUCAUUCUGAGGCCUGGAUGACGCCAUAUAGCCGAUGUAUUUGCGAACAUAACACAGCUGCCGAAAGUGGACGGGGAAACAGCUAAUAUUUUUUAUAUGAAGCCCUCUUUCCCCUUUCUCCUUGGAAAUGAAUUUGAAUAAAAAGCUCGACACGCA